CAAAUACAUACCUAGCAAAGCUUGCCAAUGGCCGACGAUGUUAUUUAUACCAUGGGUUUUUGUUGUUUUGUAUAUAGAACAGAUUGGUGUAGACUUUCAAGCCCAUUACAUUAUUAUUCCUUGCUUGGUUGAUUUAGAUUCCGGAGGAAGAGAAAGUGAGCCUAAAAACACAAUUGCAUGGAAGUCUGUAAACAAGGUAACCAAUGACUCCAAACAACAAUAACAGUAGCAGCAGCAGCAGGGGAAUUGAAGAACGGAGAAAAGAAAGAGGCCCUGGAGCCAUGAGGAUUAUUGUGCCUCUUCAAGGGGUUGUGCAGGGGCGCGGAGGGCUUGUUUUGGGCUCAGUUAUUCCUUGUGCACUGUUUUACUUCCUACAGCUCUAUCUCAGGAAAAACCGCUCGCCUCCUCCCACUGCUGCUCCUCCUGAAUCUCAAUCACAGUCUCAGUCAUCACAUUCUCUUACACCUAGGAGAUCGAUGAGGAGUCCCACUAGGCCUCCCUUUGUCUCUUCCAGGGCUAACCAUGCCACCGACAGGGAGGUUUCUCUCCAUUACCUAGGCUUGAAGGCUUGCAAGGAGAAUCCCUUUGAUGCCCACAGCAAUCCUAGUGGUAUCAUUCAGAUGGGCUUGGCUGACAAUCAGCUAUCCUUAGAUCUGAUUGAAGAUUGGCUUGAGUCUCAUCCUCAUGCAUCAUCAUUUGGACGGUCUAAUGACAUGCCAAUGAGAUUAGGAGAAAUUGCAGGGUAUCAAGAUUUUUAUGGAAUGGCAGCCUUGAGAACUGCUAUGGCUGGCUUAAUGGGGGAUGUCUUGAAGGCAGCCUUCAAUCCAUCUCAAAUAGUAUUGACUGCUGGGGCUUCUGCAGCUCUUGAAAUCCUUGGUUUUUGUCUCGCAGAACCAGGGAAUGCAUUUUUGGUUCCAUCACCAUAUUAUCCAGGUUUUGACAGGGAUUUCAAUUUGCGUACUGGUGUUGAAUUAGUACCUGUUCCUUGUCGUAGCACUGAUAACUUUGAUGCAACAAUUAAUGCGCUUGAGAGGGCAUUCAAUCAAACUAAAAAGAGGGGGGUAGCUGUUCGUGCUCUUCUUAUAUCAAAUCCUUCUAACCCAGUUGGUAAAACAUUGGAUUCUGAGAUGUUGACCAUGCUCUUGGAGUUUGCAAGGGAAAAGAACAUUCAUCUUAUAUGCGAUGAAAUUUAUGCAGGAUCAGUGUAUGAUAGUCCUGAAUUUAUUAGUAUAGCAAAGUUUCUAGAAUCAGGAGAGUUUGACAAGAGACGAGUCCAUAUUAUCUAUGGUACAUCCAAAGACUUGGGACUCGCUGGUUUUAGAGUUGGAGCUCUUUAUUCUUACAAUGACACAGUUGUAAAUGCUGCUCAGAAAUUCGCCAGAUUUUGCUCUGUUUCCUCUCAUACGCAGUGUUUACUCAUUUCCAUACUUUCAGAUAGUCAAUUUAUCAAAAAAUAUUUGAGAGAGAAUCAAAGGAGGUUAAGAGAGAGGUCUGCUGCAUUCAGUGAAGGAUUGACGAAAGCAGGCAUUAGAUGUUUUAAGAGUAAUGGGGGUCUUUAUUUGUGGGUUGAAAUGGCAGAUUUGAUGCCAUCUUUCAAUCAAAAGGGAGAGCAUGCCUUGUGGGAAAGAUUAUUGUCAGAAGCAAAAAUAAAUAUUACUCCAGGAUCUGCUUGUCAUUGCAUUCAACCUGGAUGGUUCCGUGUGUGUUUUGCUACUCUGAGUGACCAUGAUGCAUCAGUGGCUUUACAACGGAUUCAAGAAUUCUCUAAACGUUGUAAAACUUAACUAUGUCGUGAGCAGUGACGAUCAAUUGCUGACCAGAUCCCAACUAGGGAUAAUUACAGAUCUUGGUUUUUGAUCUUGAUUCAUAUUUGGAAUUGCAUUGUUUGUGGGAUUCUGUCUGCAAAAUUUAUUGUCAAAGUUUUGUAUGGCAACAAAUGGUUGGUGAUGAAUGGGAACAGCUUGAGAGGGGAUGAUGUUUCCGUCCAAUGAUUUGGUCAAGUAAAUAUACCUCUUUUGACAAAACUGUUUUUAAUUUUUUUAGCGGGAAGCAGUACCCCAUUGGAUGUCAGGGCAGUUUCAAUUUGCUGUCAUCUCUAACUCACAAUAAAAUGGACCCAAUUAUUUCUGGGAGAA